AUGCGUGAAGAGUUUCUACAUCAGUUUGACGUACUUCGUCAAGCAAACGAAGUUAGCGUGGCUCAGAUCGCCUUGCUUCAACAGCAAAAUAACACUCUGCAAACGGCGAUGGCUCAGUUGGCACCACCGCCACCACUAGGUGACAUAGCAGCACCCCAUAAUCAGAAUAUUCCUCCAGUUAACGGGCUUCCGCCUAAUGGGGCACAACCCAACGAGGCUCAGCCAAACGAGGUUCAGCAACAACAGAGGGCAAGGUCCGAGGCUGUUGCCUCAGACAACGUCCCUCGUCGCACGCAGGACGAGCAAGUCGAGUCUGGCCAUAAGCUCACGGUAUGGUCCAAUGGAAUUCCAGAUCGUAUAGAUGUUCAGGAUACCUUUGAUGAAAAAAGACUCCUGAAGAUUCAGACACCUGUUGAGAUGGCUAGAGAGCACAAAAACUCCCUGGUCAAAACUCCUUUCACUGACGAUGUGUAUAUAGUCGAGUGGCCCAAGAAAUUUACCAUGCCUUCUUUUACUCAGUUUGAUGGUACGGGAGAUCCUUCUCGGCACCUAGAUCAUUACGCCCAAAAGAUGGCUUUGGAUGACCGUAAUAACCCUUGGAUGUGUAAAGUUUUUCCUACCAGUUUGACAGGAGCAGCACUAGAGUGGUUCAGGAAUAGGCCACAUAAGUCUAUCCUGGAUUACGUAACACUGUGCACUAUGUUCCUAGCACAAUACUGCGGAAAUAAGAAGCAAAAGAAGAGUAUUGCUAGCCUCUUUACCGUAAGGCAAAAGAAGGGGGAAACACUAUAG